GCACAAACAAAGGGGCAUCAUAUUUCCAUGCCUGUCUCCCUGCCUGGGCAAUGGGCAGCCGACUGCAACAGAGCAGGAGCUCCCACAGCAUAGGAGGGGGGCACAGGGAGGGGGAGAGGGCUGUAAGUGACCCAGGGAUCCCCGCUUCUCUCCCCCCACGAACAGCAGCAGGUGGAAGUGUCUGACUCCUGUAACUUGAUGAGAGACACAGAGAGUCCCCAAUGUGUUCUGUGGAAACGACUUGUGGCUGGAAGAAAUUGUGAUGACUGUCUGGGCCGGAUGGAGAAGAAAAAGGAAAGUAAACGACUCCCAUCAGAGAAGACUUCUCCUAAUGUAACUAAAUGCCCUGUAUUCAAGCGCAGUAUGGAAGUCUGUCUAAUUGUGCAGGCCCCAGUGACACCUAUGUUCCAGACUUCUUAAACUCCGAGUUCAGUAAGUUCACCAUGGACCUUGUUAACAGUGAAAUUGCAGCUUCCACUUCAUUGCCAAGUUUCAGCACCUUCAUGGAUGGUUACACUGGAGAAUUUGAUGCUUUUCUCUACCAGAUACCUUCUACAACACCCCAGUCAUCGCUGAAGGUGGAGGAGUUUCAGGUGUUCGGCUGUUACCCAGGUUCCUUCACAAAUCAGGUGGACGAAACCAUGUCAUCGAGUGGUUCCGAUUAUUAUGGAAGCCCUUGUUCCAUCCCAUCUCCGUCUACACCAGGUUUCCAGAAUCCUCAAGUUCCUACGUGGGAGAGCUCUUAUGGAGCCUACUCUCCAACUCAAAAUUAUGACAGUAUGAGGCCAUGGACUGAUCAACAAAAAAACAUUCCACAGUCUUCAUUUUUCUCCUUUGGCACACCAUCUCACAGUCCAAACAUGGCUCCUAAUUCAUUAAAGAUGACCCAAGGUCCACAUAGACUUGAACAGCAGGUUGUGGAUCCUGACGUGUUUGCACUAGCACAGAGCUCUUCUGCCGGAUUUCCCACUAUCCCUAUUGGUCAGGGACCUGUGGUACUGGAUAGCUCGGUUAUAUUGGACAGUCCGUUAUCUCCUUCAAAAGCAAGGAGCCCCAGCUCCAAUGAGGGGCGCUGUGCUGUCUGCGGAGAUAAUGCUUCAUGUCAACAUUAUGGCGUACGAACCUGUGAAGGAUGCAAAGGUUUUUUUAAGAGGACUGUACAGAAAAAUGCCAAGUACAUCUGCUUGGCUAACAAGGACUGUCCCGUGGACAAAAGGCGCAGGAAUCGCUGCCAGUUCUGUCGGUUUCAAAAAUGCUUAGCAGUGGGAAUGGUAAAAGAAGUUGUACGUACAGACAGUUUAAAGGGCAGGAGGGGUCGCCUUCCUUCAAAACCAAGGCCAGCAUCAGACUCCUCUCCAGUUAGUCUCAUCAACUCACUGGUGAGGGCGCACAUCGACACUAUCCCCAAUUCUACCAAUCUGGAUUACUCACAGUACCAAGAGAAUGUCCCUGUUCUGCUGAAGAAGGAGAAUCCUGUAGAUGUACAGCAGUUCUACGACCUUCUCUCUGGUUCUUUGGAAGUGAUCCGCAAAUGGGCAGAAAAAAUCCAGGGCUUUGUAGAGCUUCCCAAAGAAGACCAGGAUCUUCUACUGGAGUCUUCUUUCCUGGAACUCUUCAUCCUUCGUCUUGCUUACAGCUCUAAGCCCGACGAGGGGAAACUGAUCUUCUGCAACGGAGUGGUUCUUCAUCGCUUGCAAUGUGUCCGAGGGUUUGGCGAAUGGAUCGACUCUAUCAUUGACUUUUCGCACAGCCUCCAACGCAUGAACAUUGAUGUCCCAUCAUUCUCUUGUCUUUCUGCCCUUGUUAUCAUCACAGACCGACAUGGCCUGAAAGAACCCAAGAAAGUAGAAGAGCUACAAAGCAGGAUUAUCAAUUGCCUUAAAGAGCAUGUGUCAUCAAACCUGAGCGAGCAGAACCGAUCCAACUGUCUGUCCAAGCUGCUGGGCAAACUUCCCGAGCUCCGCACCUUGUGUACGCAGGGCCUCCAGCGUAUCUUUUACCUGAAGCUGGAGGAUCUAGUACCACCUCCUCCUAUUGUGGAGAAGAUCUUCAUGGACACGCUGCCCUUCUAAACCAGCACUGCACUUUUUUUUUUUUUGUUCUUACACGUACGGAGAAAAGGAAACCCAUGUGUGGACAGCAACGAAUCCUUUUUACAAACUUGUGGAACCUUUUCUUUGAUAUAAGGUGCCUAACCCAGUUUAUACCCCUUUUUUUGUCUUUGGGAUUUUCUGGGUCUUAUGCGAAGACUUCAUUUUUAUUAUUCUAUAAUAUCCAGAUGUGCCUUCGGCUUAAAAAAAAACUUUUUAUUUUUGUUCAACUUUUUGGUUCACUGUUUAAAGUAUUUUUUUAAAUACUUGCAGAGUUCAUCAGGCUCCUGUACUGCCUUUCCUACAGCACUCGGGACUGGACCGGUCCUACGCAACAGACAUUUAUUUUGGGGGAGGCAAGCGCCACCUCCCCCGUUCUCUUAUCCAAUCUUGUCUUGAAACAGGGAUGGACCCUAUUUCGGUCGCAGCCUAUUUCAGUCACAGCCAGUUUGUAAAGUCUUGUACAUAAAUGAAGAGUGUACUGUAUAUAGUAUUAAAAAAAAAUGCAAAGCUACCCAUUGUUAUGGUCACUAUGGUUUUCACAGUGUUCUGGGCUGUGUGUAAAUAUGUGUAAUUUUUGAAUAGAAACAUUUAUAUUUGUGUAUCCUACUGGAUUUACAGUAUGUGUUUUUCUGAUUAAUAUAUAUUUAAUAUAUUGAAUAAAAAAUGCUGUAAUAGUA